AUGAUAUUACAGAAUGCUAAAAAGAAAAAACAAUGUGAUUUAUCACAACAUUGUAAAAAAGUGAAUGUUACACAAAAACUAAAGCAAAAGAAUAUAAAAAAAUGUCAGAAGGUUAAAGAAAAUUUAAAUAUUCCAAAUAUGUUUUUAAAAUAUAAUGGAGAAGCAUAUAAAUAUCAAAUUCAACAAUUAAAUUACUUAUUUAAACAACCCUUAAACUAUUCAACACUUACACAGGAUGAAUUAUAUGUAUUAUAUAAAAAAUAUAAAUCAGAUGGACAUUAUAAAAAUAAUAAGAACUUACCAUCAUUUACAAGUCAUUUUGUCAAUAAUAUAUUUAAUGAAAAUAUUCAUUUUCAUGAUAAGUUUUCUGAUAUACAAAAUAUGAAAUCUAAAAACAAUGAAGACAUAAUUGCAGAUCUAUAUUGUAAUAAUCUUAAUGAAAAUCAACAUAUAGAAGAAAAUUCAAAAAUAUAUGAAAUUCUACACUCAAAUAUAAAUCAAGAUCUAUUGAAAUGUACAGAAACUUCUCAAGUAAAUAAUAUGGAAAGUAGAAUACAUAAUAAAUAUCUUUAUAAUGAAGAAAAUACUUUAUCAAAUAAUAAUUAUAAUUAUAUGAAUCAUAAUGUACAAUAUAAUAAUUUGGAAAUAUUAAAUGAUAUACAAAAUAUUGCUCAAUCAAAAUCAAACACUAAAAAAAUUUCUAAUAUAGAAGAGGAUUAUUUUACAUGUAAUUUAAUAAAUUCACAAAAUAUUUCCAAAGAACAUCAAAAUUCCAGAUAUAUGAAUAAAAAUUUACUUUAUAAUGUUUCUGAUACAAAUAUGCAAUAUGAAAAUUUAACUAAUGAUAGCGAAAUUUCACAAGAAAAUAAUAUACAUUAUCCUGUACAGUAUAAUAAUUUCUCAUUAAAUCCAAACUUUUAUAGUGAUUUCUAUUUAAAUAAAUGCAAUAGCACAACUUCUAUAAAUAAUAACAAUUGUCAAUCAUUAAAAAAUGCACAAUCAAUUUGCAUUCCUCACAUCACAAACUUGGAAUCAUGUUUUAAUGUAAAAAAUUCUAUCACAUCUUAUCCAUUACCAUUGAUUAAAAGUCAUUUAGAUGAACAAAGUAAUUUUAACUUACCUAUUUAUACAGAUACAUAUUCUGUAUGUAAUAACAAAAAAUUAACUCAUAUUUCUAAUGAUAGUGUUAAUGAUAUUCAAACAAAUUUUAAUGCUUAUAAUUUAAAUUCAAGUGUAAUGUCAGAUGAUAUACAUUCACAAAUAAAUACAUUCAUCCCAUCCUGUGCUAAUAUGAUUAAUCAGUAUAAUUAAAAUAUUAUAAUAUUUAAA